CCAGAAAAUGACUACGAGGAGAUUACAGGUUGUUUCACCCGUCCCUGCAGAUAUCGACAUUGCGAACUCAGUUGAACCUCUUCAUAUUUCAGAGAUUGCCAAAGAGCUCAGUCUCGAUCCCAAACACUACGAUCUAUAUGGAAAAUAUAAGGCCAAGGUUCUUUUAUCGGCUCUUGAUGAACUUGAAGGGUCUGGAGACGGCUACUAUGUUGUUGUUGGAGGAAUUACUCCUACCCCUCUUGGAGAAGGCAAAUCUACUACUACCGUCGGUCUAUGUCAAGCACUGGGAGCUUUUAUGGAUAAAAAGGUCGUCACCUGCCUUCGUCAACCUUCUCAAGGACCAACCUUUGGAAUCAAAGGGGGUGCUGCAGGUGGUGGUUACAGUCAAGUGAUUCCAAUGGAUGAGUUCAAUCUGCAUCUAACAGGUGAUAUUCAUGCAAUUACAGCUGCAAACAACCUCCUGGCUGCUGCCAUUGAUACCCGGAUUUUCCAUGAGGCUACUCAGUCAGAUAAGGCCCUUUUAAACAGGUUAUGCCCACCUAAUAAAGAACGCAAACGUAGUUUUGCCGACAUCAUGUUCAGGCGCCUCAAGAAGCUAGGCAUCUCCAAGGACAAUCCUGAUGAUCUUACUCCGGAAGAAGUGAAGAAGUUUGCCAGGCUUGACAUUGACCCUGACUCCGUCACCUGGAGAAGGGUUAUGGAUGUCAAUGAUCGCUUCCUGAGGAAGAUCACAAUUGGGCAAGGCCCUGAAGAAAAAGGGAUGGUGAGAGAAACAGGUUUUGACAUCUCAGUUGCUAGUGAAAUCAUGGCAGUCCUGGCCCUUACAACUUCUCUAUCUGAUAUGAGAGAGAGGCUAGGGAAAAUGGUUAUAGGGAACAGCAAGGCCGGUGAUCCAAUUACAGCGGAUGAUCUUGGUCUUGGGGGUGCAUUGUCUGUGCUAAUGAAGGACGCCAUCAACCCAACUCUGAUGCAGACUCUAGAGGGAACACCAGUACUUGUACAUGCAGGGCCUUUUGCUAAUAUUGCUCAUGGGAAUUCGUCCAUUGUAGCUGAUAAGAUUGCACUAAAACUGGUGGGACCAGGUGGAUUUGUAGUCACAGAGGCUGGCUUUGGUUCUGAUAUUGGCACUGAGAAGUUCAUGAACAUAAAAUGCCGGUACAGUGGUUUAACACCUCAGUGUGCUAUUAUUGUAGCAACAAUAAGGGCCUUGAAGAUGCAUGGUGGAGGUCCGGAGGUGGUUGCUGGGAGGCCUCUAGACCGUGCCUAUACAUCUGAAAAUGUGGCCCUUGUGGAAGCUGGCUGUGCGAACUUGGCCAGGCAUAUUUCCAACACAAAAGCAUAUGGGGCAAAUGUUGUGGUUGCGGUGAACAUGUUUUCCACUGAUUCUGAAGCAGAGCUAAAUGCAGUAAGAAAUGCUGCUUUGAAUGCAGGUGCAUUUGAUGCUGUUAUAUGCUCACAUCAUGCUCAUGGUGGAAAGGGAGCGGUUGACCUUGGUGUCGCCGUUCAAAGAGCCUGUGAGAAUGUGACACAGCCGUUGAAGUUUCUGUAUCCUUUGGACAUUAGCAUCAAAGAGAAAAUAGAAGCAAUAGCAAGGUCCUAUGGUGCAGCCGGUGUUGAAUACUCAGAGCAGGCGGAGAAACAGAUCGAGAUGUAUAGCAAACAAGGGUUUUCUGGUCUGCCUAUUUGCAUGUCAAAAACCCAGUAUUCAUUCUCCCACAUCUCGUCUGAGAAGGGAGCACCAUCCGGAUUUGUGAUACCGAUCAGGGAUGUCAGGGCCAGCAUUGGAGCUGGAUUCAUCUAUCCUCUGGUUGGGACUAUGAGUACAAUGCCGGGGCUCCCAACACGCCCCUGUUUCUUUGACAUUGAUGUCGACAUCGCCACCGGAAAGGUUCUCGGUCUUUCUUGAGUGGGAAAGCUUUUGGAUGUUGUAUUGUAGGGUUAGACAAUAUGAGCUUGAUGGUAGAUGUUCUCUCUUCUUUUCACCCAGGUGUUUGUUUCUUUGUGGAAGAAAUGUUGAGAAGGCC